CCGUACUUCCUUAUAACAAGGGAAGGUCUCCAGCGUCAUUUCAAACCCACAACUUCUGAUAUUUCCCCCACUUCACCACAAACAUCAUGGCCUCAAUAAAAAGCAGAUUUGACGCCUACAUAUCAUCUUCUCUCAGCAUCAACAGCGACUCCUCAGAUCUACCGUGGCGGAGCGCCUAUACCUGGGCACUCUGCUCAUUGCUCUCAAAGGAUGAAGACGAUUGCUGGGAUGUCCUGCUCUCUUCCCAACCCUCUAUUGCCUUUCCCCACAUUUCUGAAGCCCCUGUAGCUCCAAUUUCUCCGCCUUCACGCCUUGGCCAUGACCUUUCCGGACAGACUAAACAUAAGCGCCGCCGGAAUGGCCGGCAUCACCGCAAACGCUCAAGCAUUUCUCCUGCCGUGUCUCAAAAUUCAAGCGAGUACGAUUACAUCGAUGACCUCUGGUUGAAGCCUACGAGUCCAGGAGGCAGGCUGUCCCACGCGUUCUGUAACCUGGGAUUCAGCUUUAUCGAUUAUUUCACACCGAUUGAGGACGGACCUGUGUUGAAAUCGGGCCGUACCCAGCAGCCUCCACUUUUAUCUCAGCAUGCUGUCGACCGGUCUACGGAGAUAGACACGGCCAAUGAAGGCUAUACCUCUGACUGGGCUACGGCUUUGUGCGGCAAGCGGACUGCGGUGCUGGAGCGGAGACGCGCUCUGUCGAGGACGUCCAGCCAAGAUAGCAACGUCAGUGAACCCUGGCUUGAGGCCUUGGAUCGACUUUCACAUUGGGAGGAUGACCGUUAACACGCUGUACAUCCACUUAAGCGAAAAGCUGCUCUGUAGUCUUUAUAGUGUUCGGCACUAUCCUUUUCUUAUUAAAAAAAAAACCCCCCUGCCGUAUUGAUUCAUGACACGUAUGGAAGGCGUAUGAACGCU